AGCUGCUCUGGUUGAGGAAUCUCCCCGCCGGCAUCACCGUGGGAUGUUGGGCAAGAACCAGCAGCGUUAGCUGGAGCUGUUGGUUCUGCUGGAGCUGCUGGAGCUGCUGGGGGGUCACUGUGGCCCGGCGAUGCCGGCGUGGCGUCCGCUGUGGUGGGCCGACCUGUGAAGCAUCAUGAAGGUGGACCUGCUGACCUGCUUGGCGCUCGCCGCCACCGGCCUGGUCGCCGUGGCGACCAGCGGGCGCAGCUCCGGCCGCUGGAGGCACCAGGAGGUGUUCCUCCUCGGGGAGAAUCGCAAGUUCAUGUUCGGAGGGCGUAUUGACUACAAGCUGAAGAGGCAGGACAGCACGAAGACGCUGCUGAUAAAGAGCGAGCAGCUGCUGAGGAUCGAGGAGCACGACUUCGCCAUGAGGCCGGGCUUUGGAGGCGCGGCGUUCCCGGUGGGCAUCGACGUGCAGGUGGAGAGCAUCGACAGCAUCUCAGAGGUCAACAUGGACUUCACCAUGACUCUGUACCUGCGUCACUACUGGAAAGACGAGCGGCUGGCGUUCCCGUCGCGGACCAAUCAGAGCCGGACGUUUUUUUCUUCGAAAUGGAGGAGCAGACGGGAGGAAGGAGGCGGACUGCCGCGGCUUGACACUCACAGGAGUGCAACAACUCCAACGCACACCGGAAGUCAACAAAAUCUCUCUGUCCUCAUUAUUAUGGGAUAUCGCCCUGCAGGCAUCACCAUGGUGCUCACCAUGUCCACCAUCAUCACCGGAGUGUCCUCCUCCAUGCCCCAGGUGUCCUACGUGAAGGCCGUGGACGUCUACCUGUGGACCAGCUUCAUGUUCGUCUUCCUGUCCGUGAUCGAGUACGCGGCGGUGAACUACUGCACCACCCUGGAGGAGAUGAGGAAGAUGAAGAGGGGCAAGAUCCCCUCCACCUUCAACGCCAGCCAGGCGAUGGCCUUCGACGGCUGUUUCCAUGACAACGACGUGGAGCUGACCCCGUUCGCGGGCAGCUCGCCGCCCUUCCUGACCUCUGACCCCCUCGACGCCCCGGAUGCGCGGCCCCGCGAGGGGACCCGCCUCCGCCGGCAGCGGUCGGUGCGCGAGAACGUGGACCUGUUCGUCAGCAACAGUUACGUCAUCGACUCGUACUCGCGCCUCGCCUUCCCGCUGUCCUACCUGCUCUUCAACACCAUCUACUGGAGCCUGUACGCCUGAGCCGGCCAGAGAGCAUGCUGGGGGAUUGAGUCACUGCUCGAGGAACUCUUUGUUUAGGACUGACUCGUUAUGUAUUUAUUUUAUUAAACUGUACACGUGACUGUUA